GGAAAAGGUCAAGGAAGAAAGGAAGGAAGAAAAGCCAGAGAAACUAAUGGGAGACGCAAUGAAGUCUCUUAGAGUAGAGACUCAGAAACCGGAAGAAAAGAAAGGGGAGCCUUCGAGUCCGCCGAAGUCUCCCGGAGGAAGCAAAGUCACCACACCACAACCUGAGAAACCAAAAAAGAAAGACAAGGUCAAAAUGAAAUUGCCUUUCACAUUUUGUAAUAAGAAAGACGAAAAUCUGCUAUUGUGGAUCACAGAGAUUGAAACGUAUUGUAGCACGGCCCCUGUUGAACCCGAUUCCCAGGUUGCUUUCUCUACUUCUUGUAUUGGUGGGGAAGCUAAGGAGUGGGUUUUGGCCGAAGCCAAUGCCGCAGGGUUCGAUCACAUCGGGGAGUGGGCUGGAACAUUGAACCUCAAACAGUUCCUUGGGAAGAUCAAGGAACCGUUUUUGGACAAAACGACUGCCGACAAGGCCUCUGACCUACUCACCACGAUUGGUCAAAAGCAUUGGACCUCUGUGGAGUCGUUAUCCCGGGAAGUCGAUCGGUUGCUGCAGGUUCCGGGAUUGAACCUGCAAGACAACCAGGUCUUGAACAUCUAUUCCCGAGCUCUGCCCAAGCCCAUUCGUGGACAACUAAUGGCAGAGUCUAAGUCUGGUAAGUAUAACUAUAGGCCAUUCCGGGAUUUGGCUCUCCAACGAGAGCAAAUGACUUCUCAGGUGAAGAACUCUUAUGCAUCUGUUGUGAAGUAUGGUGGUGGUGCAGGAAGAGGAAACCGGGUACUUUGGCGCCAAAAGCGCCAGGACCACACGCUUGUCGUCUUCGAUGACGAAACUGUGGAAAGGUGGUCGUUAGAGGCCGAGGGUGUGGCGAGCAGCAGUGACUCCGGGAAGGGGGAAGUCACUUCUGCCGUGGUCAACAGGGGAGGACCACGACCGCCAGUCAAGAAGAAGAAACCACGCUCGUUCCCAGAGCACCCCGGGAUUGCAGUCGGGAAGCCAUGGGAAAAGAUGGGUCUGUCAAAUGAAACGUGGCAGAAACGAAUGGAUAACGCGCAUUGCCUGAAGUGUGGCAUUGUAGGGCAUGUGAUUGCACGGUGCCCGUUGAUCCUGAACCCAAAAGCGAGCCGCCAGUAGGAGUAGCAUCUGCUCCUACUGAGUCAGGGGGUUUGGACCACGAUGAAGGUAAAGCGCCUACUAACCCUUCCAACCCUUUGACUCGCAUGGCAGAGGAUGGUUCUUCUUCGGCCCAUCGUCCAGAACACCCUGAACCUGUCUUAUGUUCUAUCUCUCUGGACGACUUCCUUGACGAGCUUGGUAACGAGUUGCUGGCAUUACGAAGCUCGUGGGCUAAGAUAGCUAAGUCUACGGGUGACCUACUACUCGCGGAUGUAGAAAUCGCACGUACACACGUAGGUGCACUGUUGGAUUCAGGAUUCACUCGAUCCUACAUAUUCGAGAAAGCAAUUCGCAAGUUGCAUUUCGGAAUGAAGGUGAAGAACCUAU